CAGAAAUAAUUAGGAUAAGCCUCGUGGUAUAAUCCGAAAAUUAAUUCAUUUACCAAAGCCGCGCUCGUCAUAGUAUCCUUUUGAUAGAACGGAAUCAUCUACAAAAUAUAAGCACUGUAUAAUAUGUACUUACUAGGUAUACAUAAAUAUAUUAUAUACGUACCGUCUUUUAAUAACACAAUAGAUUUUUGUCAGAAAAAAACCUUAUAAUAAUAUAUCAUACUCACUUAUACACAAAUAUUCUAUACAGGAUGAUUCACCAAGCAUGCUCACCCACAUGUUCUUAUUUAAUAGGUAAUUUAUAUUUUAUUAAAACUCUGAUAGGUACCUAUUUGGAGUUCUAAAGGAUCAUAAUAUUUUAAAAUCCUUAGAUUUUUUUAUUAUUUAAUGAGUAUCCUGUAGUGCUACAAACAUAUUUUUCCAAUAAAUGAGAGCCAUCUUUUUUACUGUAAAUUGUUAAGCAGAUGAUUUUUAUUGUAUACAUUAACAUAAAAGUUAACUUACAUUUUAUAAAUUGAAAAAAAUUCCUGAUUAUACAAUUAUAUAAGGUGUCCAGUGAGUAUAUACUCAUUAGCCGUAGAGGGGACUAUUAGGAGGACUCACUGCCUGGAUAAAAACUGGCUUUUUGCUGUUUUACCUAUAAACUAAAAAAAAUGAUUAAAAAUAAUUAAAAUAAUUAAAAUUAUAUGAUGAAAGGUCAUCAUUUACGGAAAUAAAUCUUUAUAAAAUGACUAUUUUCGAUUGUCUUAAAAAUAUAAAAAAUAACAUUUCUUAACUUUUUUACCAAAAAAUGUAAUUAAAUUAAAAAAUAAAAUAUAUAUUGUAGUUCAUGUCUCUGUGAGUCUAAUAAAAAAUAUAUGAUAAAUGUAUUAUCUCAGGAGAUAUAUUAAUGAGUAAAUCCUCGAGAGAAACCUUGUACUAAUAAAAAGUACUAAAUAUUUAUUAAAUCUAUUUUGUAGUUUGUGUAAAACCAAUAUCUUUGGACUAUGAUCCUUAAAAGAUUAAUAACUCAGAAACUUCAUCUGAAUUAUCGGCCUGUCAAUUUACUAAGAUAAAAGGUAGUUUUCAUUUAAAAAAAAGAAGUUUAUACCAACACAGGACAUUGAUUGUAGUAAAAAUAUAAGCGUGGAAUGAUUACAAAUUGCAAUGGGACCCGAAGGAGUAUGGCGGCGUGCAAAUGCUCCACGUGCCUUCCGAUCACAUUUGGCGGCCGGAUAUCGUGCUCUACAACAACGCCGACGGCAAUUUCGACGUGACGCUGGCCACCAAAGCGACCAUAUACCACGUAGGACUGGUAGAAUGGAAACCACCAGCCAUAUUCAAAUCGUCGUGCGAGAUCGACGUGGAAUUUUUCCCGUUCGACGAGCAGACGUGCGUGUUGAAAUUUGGUAGCUGGACUUACGACGGAUUCAAGGUAGACUUGAGACACAUGGACGAAAAGGUCGGUUCAAACAUCGUCGACGUCGGAGUGGAUCUCUCAGAAUUUUACAUGUCGGUCGAAUGGGAUAUACUGGAAGUACCGGCAGUCAGAAACGAAAAGAUCUACCCGUGUUGCGACGAACCGUAUUUGGACAUAACGUUUAACAUCACCAUGAGAAGGAAAACGCUUUUCUACACGGUAAACAUCAUCAUACCGUGCAUGGGCAUCUCAUUCCUCACAGUUUUGACGUUCUACUUGCCAUCGGACAGCGGUGAAAAGGUGACGUUGUCUAUAUCAAUUUUGAUUAGUCUCCACGUUUUUUUCUUGCUGGUUGUCGAAAUUAUACCUCCGACGUCAUUAGUAGUACCAUUACUGGGAAAAUAUUUGAUAUUCGCUAUGAUACUGGUUUCAAUAAGCAUAUGUGUUACAGUAGUUGUAUUGAACGUUCAUUUCCGAUCGCCUCAGACGCACAAAAUGGCACCUUGGGUAAAAAGAGUGUUCAUCCAUAUACUGCCAAGACUUUUAGUCAUGCGAAGACCUCAGUACCAGUUUGAACCAAACAAAUUCAACGCCGGUUCGAUAAUGCUGAAGGGCAGAGACAUACAUCCGUGUUUCUUCCAGGCUGGCUGCGGCUACGAUAGCACGGAACCAGGAAAAGAUAAAGGUCGUCGACAAACAGACGACAGCAGCGUGUCGAAAGGCACCAGAGAAACAUCCAAAGAAGACUUAUCUAGUGACGGCGAAGGGGGAAGCUGUCAGAUACACGGAGUGGCGCAGAGUCUGAUUUCCGACGAGAUAUCAGUCACCGAAAUGACAACUGACUGCAGCAAGAGCUCAAUCCUGCUCAGGAGCCCCGGAUUUCUGCAUUCGUCCUGUCCUCCGGCCAUGCACAAGUCGUGUUUCUGCAUCCGAUUCAUAGCGGAACACACGAAAAUAACGGACGACGCGACCAAAGUGAAAGAAGAUUGGAAGUACGUCGCGAUGGUCUUGGACAGACUAUUUUUGUGGAUAUUCACACUGGCCGUGUUCGCGGGCACGGCGGGUAUUAUCCUACAAGCGCCCACGCUGUACGACGACCGGAUACCAAUCGAUAAAAAAUUCAGCGAAUACCAAACGUCACCUAGCAUAAGGAAGAAACUGAAGAUAGGCCGUUAUUGAAAUAAACUCAUAAAGAAAACGAGUUUUUUAUGAAUGAAAAGAAAAAUCCGAUUGGAGGACGCCUUUUACUCGGAAAGAUAUACAUCGUACAGUCUGACGCAACGCGAGGGCACCUAAAAACAACGAAAAAAAUCAAAUUCCAACGCCGAUAACGUCAUUUUUGUAGUUGCAGUUUCAGUUGCAGCGGUUGUACAUGAAUACAAUAUGACGAUAAUAAUAAUAAUAAUAAGUUAGCCAAAAAAAAAAAAAUAAAAAAAAAUUAUAAUUAUGUUACGUUUUGUACGUUUAAAUGUUGUUAUAUAUUAAGUUUUGUUAUAAUACUGAUAACGAUGAUUUCAAUGAUGCCCAGUAACAGAGUAAUUUAUUACGCAAUAAUAAUAAUGAUAAUUCACAGACGCUGCAGUACGCGGUGUGCCCAAUAUAAAAAAUAUUGUAUUAUUAAUUAUUAUUAUUAUAAUGACAAAAUGUAUGUUUAUUAUUAUUAAUUUAUUGUUGUGGCGAUGAUUAUAAUAUAAUAUUAUUAUUAUUAUCAUUCGGGUUGAAUUAUUAUUUAACAUUGGAUAAUAUUAUAAACUAUCUACUAUUAUUAUUAUGAUUAUUAUUGAUUAUGAAAUAUGCCAUUUACUAACGAUAAUAUUUUUUACGUGUUUAUGUUUUUUUUUUAUUAUUUAUAGUUGUACUGCGUUGUCAUUGUGCAGAAAUAUAUAUAUUUAGAUAGGGUCAUGCGUAGAGUGCCUUAAACAUAAUAUUAAUAUAUUCCUUAGCCUAUCGUAUUUACAUUCUAGUCGUAUAACUUAUCGUUUUACUCUUUUUGUAUAAGGUCGGAUUUAAAGUUAUGAGCGUUUGUUGCCUACGUGCCUACGUUUCAUUUGAAGAAUAUAAUAAUGUGUAUGAAAAAACUGCCAAAAUGUGUGUAACGUAAAAUAAUUGAUGUCUUAUAUUAAUGUUAUAGUUAAGAAUAUCAAUAACAACCUUAAACAUUUUGUUACACGGAUAAUUUGUACGCACCUAAACCGGGUUAACUGUAUUCUCUGUGAAUUGUUAUUGUUAUAAAAUAAUUCCUGUGACAUUUGCUAAUGACUCAACAAAUAAGAUUAAUGAAGAUGUAUAAUAUUACUGUUAUUUUAUUAAGCUGAUAAAAGUUAAACAUUUUCUACUUUUUUAAUAUUAUCGAAUGGUGAAUCAAAAAUUUGACUCAAUAUUUUCAAUAACUAAAUCACUAACCAUUAAUUUUAAUAUAAUCCAAAUAGAUCAGUCUAGAAGAAUAGAUUGGACCUUUCGUAUACUGAACAUCGGAAGCGUCCAUUGAUUACUAUUGUUCAACUCUUAUCGCUCAAUUAUCCAAAAUUUGCCUAGCCAAACUAAAAUAUUAAUAUUAAAAGCCAAAAAUCUUUAUCGGACUCAAAUAUGUUAUGCCCACGAUAAUAAUUAUUUAUACGUUUAACUGAAAUCUUCACGCGAAUGAAAAUUCAGAAAUCAUGUUAAUAACCGCAACCGUUAUCCGGAUGUUGUAAAUAUUGUGAAUUUAGAGUUUAAUGUUAAUCAGCUGCGAUCGAAUUAACGGGGGAACCAAAUUUAGCAUUACUCGUAGUCUUGUUAACUACAGCCGCAGGCGAUACACCGAAAUUAAAAAAUUAGAACAUUAUUGCUCAAUGGCUUUAAUUUCGUUUUUUUUUCUAAACUUUAAGAAAUAAUAAUAUCAUGUUGAAGGAUUAAUAUCCUAAAAAGGAUAAAAUAUCCUUAAUUAGGAGACAUAAAUUAUCAACUGUUAUUCAAACGAAAAUCGUAGAUUCUACUGAUUGAAUAAUAUUUACGUUUAUAUUUAAAGUGCAUGCUGUGGCGUUAAAUAUAUUAAGUGAAACUAUAGUUUGAUAGAACUAUAGUGUAAUAUAAUAUUGUUUUAAAUAUAUAGAAGUCGCAUGGCCAACACUCGUGUUGUUCUUGAUUGUGUGCUUAAUUAUGAAAUAGUUAAAACGAAAUAUUCAAGAAUAUGUACGUUAAUAAUGUUAUAAAUGUAAUGCGUGUGUAGGCAAAGUUGAAUUGAAAAUAUUUUAAUAAGUACCUACCUGUGUUAUUUUUUUUUCUGCUAGGGGGGUGGGGGUUACAAUAAACUGUGAUGUAUUAUAACGUUGUUAGAGUAAUAUCUGUUUAUGACUGUUUGUUAUAAUAAAUGCAUAUAGAAGGAACGUAAUGAAUAUAAACAAAAUCUAAAUACAUUAUAAUAUAGACACAUAAUUAACAAAAUAAAAAUGUAUGAUAUAUUGUGUAA